CCUGCCAUGGCCGGUGCCCCCAACUGGCUCCAUGUGGACACGGAGGACGAGAGUCCUCGUCAGCAGCUGACCACCCUGUCCAGCUGCAUGGCCCUGAGCGACGUGCAGUGCGACGGAUAUGUCCGGCUGCUGGCGGCGGACAUUUCAUUGGACGACGCCGCCGAGGAGCCCAGUGCCACCCUGAAGGUUUUCCGGGGACUCAAGCUGAAGCACGAGCAGCCGCUGCCGGGGAUUCCCACGGCCAUCGUGAGCCUCUACAUCGACGAGUCGGAACCCAAGACGCCGGUAAUUGCCGUGGCCAUUGCCGAAUCCGUAUUAUUUUACCGCCACCUGAAGCCGUACUUCAAGUACACAAUUCCCGCCCAGGAAUCCGAGGACCUGGAGUUGGAGGUGUGGCGCAAGCUGCCGGUGAUGAAAACGGACACCCAUCCCGGCCUGCUGGACUCCCUGCGAAAGAUUGACCACUCCAAGCUGUCGCGGAAGUCGCAGCGCCUGCUGCAGAUGGGCGAGGAGGAGCGGGAGGCCUUCAUCAACACCCACAAGGACUCGCCGGUGGGUCGGGUGGGCAGCAUAGUGGCUAUGUGCUGCCUGAAGCGCAUCUCCAGCGACUCGAAUCCCCCCUCCCACUUGGUCCUGGCCACGGAUAUCGGCCAUGUCCUGAUCCUGGAGCCGCAGGGCUUUAAUCUGGUUUUCAAGGGCAGGACCUGUGAGGAUGAGACCGCCGUGCCGAGCCUGAUCUCCGUGCAGGGAACCUUUGAGACGGACUUCUGCAUCGUGGUGGCCACUCGGAAUGGCGGUGUAUACCUUCUGCGGAAGAGCCAAUCCGAGGGACAGGAGAUCUUCAAGCUGGGCAUCCCACUCACCGGACUGCUACUCCUGCCCAUCGAUCAGACCAUCAUCGCCUCCACGAUGGACAAUCGCUAUCUGUGCUACUCGAAGCGGGGCAAGCUGCUAUAUCAGGUGCAAUUGGCCGAGCUGCCCGUCUGCCUCCUUCCGCUGCCCAUGACCCAUUUGGGACUCACCCUGGUGGCCAUCGCCCUCAAAGGGGGCGUGGUCAAGUUCUAUUUGCAGCGCUAUCUGGUGGAUGAGUUCGCUCUGGACGAGACAGUGGAUGCAAUGCUAUACGGUCGGAUGGGCAUGGAGGAUCACGUCCUGACCCUGGUUACCCAAUCCGGCGGAAUCGUGGUGAAGAUAUUGAGACGGGUAUCCCGGUUCGAACCCAAAACCGGAGAUCUGGGAAGCAAGCGAUCGGGUGGUGAUCAGAAAUCCAUCGUGGAUGUUUCUAUUCUGGACAAGCCCAAGAAGAGCUCCAUUUUUGUGGAGCAGGCGGCGCGGGAGAAGCAGCAGGCCAAAUCAACCUAUGGAAGCUUUCAGGUGGAACUCUGGCGACUUCGCCACACGGCAGCCCGUGCCACGAUCGAUGCCAUCAACUCCUCGGAGAGCACCAUUUCCGGGGACCUCACCCACGCCCCCGUGAAGCUAUCCGCCGAGGUCUGCGGCAGUGGACCCGCCUUUCGCCUCUACCUCACCGUCCAGAACCUGUCCACCUUCAAAAUGGCCUCCAACCUGGUGGUUCUCCUCCACGCGGACCGACGACACUACACCAUUCCGCAGUCAAUGGCCAGGCUGCCCAGUGUUCUGCCGGGAGUUCCACUUCGAGUGGACUUCGAGGUGGUGGCCGUGCUGGAUCCCAUGGACAAACUACCCCCGUCCACUCUAAGCCCGGAUAACUCCCUGAUUCGGGUCAUGCUGAUGAAGGCCGGCCAGGCCAAGCCACUCAUCGCAGCCGCUGUUUCAAUGCCACAAUCCGAGGCAGCCUUCUAA